AUUCGAUCAUAGCCUAUUCAUGCAAAAAGUAUUCAUUUUCAAAGAAAUAUUUAAAAAGAAAAGAUUUGGCGAUGAUUCCUCGACAGACCGCUUCUUGUAUUACAUAACUUUGAGAUCGAACAUAAGUUGGAUUUCUUAGCGGUUUUUCGUAUUGCGCAUGCUCAAAUGAGAUUUGAGCAUGCGCAUUUGCAAAAAGUGCAAGCUUAGUUUCAGCCAUUACCGGAGUGUUAAAAAUGUAAAGAGAAUGUAAGAACAAAAAUUACUAACGAACCACCAUUUUCUCGAUGCUCAUGGACUAUGGAAGCUGUGAACAACAAGGAUAAAGUGGAAAAUUCUAAAACAGGCAAAUCCAAUAAAGAUAAGAAUAAAGAAUCCUUGUCCCAACGAUUUCAUUUGGAAUUAACUACCUCAACUGAUCGAUCGUUCCCUGAGUUUUCAUACUUAGACCUUGUCGGUGCAAAUAAAUCGAAAAAGAAAGAAGAAGAGCAUGGAGAAUGCAAUGUCGAUGAAAUAAAAGCUUUGGCAAAGAAAUUUGAAGAUAAAUAUGGACCAAAAAGUACAACAAAGAAAGUCAAAGGAAUUAAAAGCGAUAGAUAUCAGGAUUUAGUUGAUGUGACUUAUGGUUAUGAUGCAACAGACUCAUUUGUUGAUGAUUCAGAAGCUUAUGAUGAAUUAGUGCCAGCAGAUUGGACAACAGAACAUGGUGGUUUUUAUAUUAACAUGGGUGAACUUAACUUUAGACCUGUUUUGUCUGGAGAUGGUAGAAAAAAUUCUGAUUUCAAAGAAGUGAAAAAGAAGAAAACACCAAAGAAGAAAAAUAAAGAGAACAAGGAGAAGAAACUCAAGGAUGGUAAAAGACUUCUUUCAAGCACAGAAAAAGAUAAGUCACCAAAAAAGAUGAAACCAAAUAGUGAUGAAAAUGAUGUGAAGCUGCUGAAACAAAAGAAAAAGAACAGUUUGAAUAAAGUAUCAUUGACUUCUUCCAGUGAAGACACUCAAAGCAAACCUCAGACUAAUGUUUCAGUUGGUGACAUGGCUUUUCAAAGGUCAACAUCAAUAAAGAGUGAAAAAGAUAGCAUUAAUGACCAGCAUCCUCCAGUACAAGCUAGUUCCAGUUCUCCUUCACACAGUAAUGUACAAAAAGAAAGUGAUAACAACUCUCCUUCAGUGAGAUUGCCUGAUGGUUUACCACCAUCAUUGAUAUUGAGUGUGCAGAAAUUGAUCGAAGCUGCUCGCAAGGCUGGGGGUGAAGCAGGAAAAUGUAAAUUCUUUAAUUCAGAUGUUAACAGAAUCUUACUUCAAAUUGAAACAGACUCAAGGAAGCUACAAAGUCGAGCAAGAUCGGCUGUAUACGACUACCUUGCUUUGUUUCUGCCUUGUACAAAAGAUACGUUGGUAAAACGUGCUAAAAAUCUUUUCAUGCAAGAACAGGUUGGCAGAUUAAGAGAUCCCUUGCUAAAACUUCGUUUGGCUAUUGAGGCUUGCAUGCCUGCUCAGAUCAAGAAUUAUGAGGAAGAAUUGGCAAAGUUGUUGGAAGAACAAGCUCUUCAAAGUCAGAAAUCUAGUGUGGAUGCGUUUAAUCAAAAUUCAGAGAAAAAGGAGGAUGUUGUAAAUAAAGAAGUUGAAGCUGACAAAGAAACAGAGAAAACUGGUGAACCUACAACAACACCUGUGGAUGGCAGUAUGCCAACCACUCCAAGUGAUGAAAAAGGAAAGCGAACAGUUUUACCUAAACGUUUCAUCUGGAAAGACGACAUUAGAAGUCUUCUCUGUGACGUCGUGAGCAUUAAAGUUGAGUUGUGUCUGAUGUCUAAAAGUCGAAGUACUACUGCUGAAGAAGCUCUAAAGGGAUAUUUGGAGACAGAAGUCCGUCCUUUGUGGCCUAAAGGUUGGAUGACAACAAGAAUAUUGUACCGUGAAAGUAAACAAGCGCACGCUAAAGUUACAAGCACAGUCGUUGCUAAAAGUAAAAAAGAUCCAAAGCGUCCAAAAGAAGACGAGGAGAAGCGUCAAAGUUCACAGGUUACUCCAAUGAUUGUUGAUUUGAAAGUCAGCGAAAAAUCAAAUCCUGCUUUUCCCGUAUCAUCGAGCAGUGAUGAUGCCAAAGUAAAGGCAGAUUAUGUUUCAACCGUUUCGUUAAACAUGUCAUCAUGUGAAGAGAAGAGCUUUGAAGCUCAGUCUGGUAUGAUGUUAAAAACUGACUCAACGAAGCAUGAGACAGAUAAAAAGAGUCUUAAGAAAAUUGAAUCCUUUGAAAAUGCACUAGGGGAAACGUCAAAUGUUAGAGUUUCAUCAGAACAAAUUCUUACUCAGAAGUCGCAAAGUGAAAAAGUUACGAAAUCUCAAAUGGUUUCUCUAAUUCAACCUCAAAUUAACGUUAAGAUGGAAAAUAAGGCGUCGCUUUCGGAAUCACUCAGUGUUAGAAAGACAAUGACCACAAAUCCAAAUCAAAUGACGCUAACACUGCCUAACCAACAUCAUACCAAAAAACCAGAAAGUCAGAAAGCUAACUUUCCGUUGUCCAUGAUUUCAACACAAGUAAAUUCGGAGGAAACAAGUCGGAUUUCACAAAAUACUCAAAAUAUGAAACAUCCCAAACAAUCUAAGGUUCUGUCAAAUCAAGACCAACCGUCAGAGACUAGUGAAAUUAAACAUACAUUGAACAAUCAAAUAAACGAUACACUUGGAUGCAACCAAAUGCAAAAUGACGAUUGUAGCUUGAGAAGACUUCUUGGUAACGAAACCGUUCUAAAGAAUGAUAAUUCUUCAUCGCAAAGCAAUUUACAUGAUCAUGUUCCACUUCAGUCAAUGGUAGGAAUUCAAAAGCAGAAUUCAUUUAAUGGCGAUAGUUGCGCAGAACAAAACUCUCAAAAUAAUUCGCUUGCUCAAUCUCCUCUUCAAACAAUUGUUCAACAAAUUAAUUCGACAAAUGUACAAAAUUUAGGUCAUACGCAUAGCACUAUAUCAGACGAUCGUCAAAAUGCUGCAAUCAUUCAAAACCAAUUUGAAUCCCCAAAUCGCAUUUCUAAUCAGCCUCUGAGUCACCCUCAGAUACAACGGACUCAUGGAAAAAUCCAUGGCCAAACUUUGAUUCAGUUAAGCCAUAGUCAGUAUCCUGGUCAGGGACAAUUAAAACGCGAAGAUCCAUCACAUCCUUUGGCACAAGCUCGUACUCAGUCUCCGACGUCACCGCGUGUUCUUCCUCAAUCUCCACAGGGUGUACCGGCAGUUGCAUACUCCUCGCCUAAUGGUAGGAAUCAAGUAAAGCAAGCGGGAAGACUAUUCUGGAUUAUUUGGACGAAAUUAGUUCUCCUUGUACUGCAAAGACCUUCCAUACCAAUGAAGGACGACCAUAUUCUCAUUCAACAUCACCUUCAUUGUCGUCUUGUUCGUUUCAAAAUGUCUCCCAACAACAUCAAAUCUCUCCUCCGAAGUAUGGUAUCCAACAACAUGACAGUUCCAUCACCAUCAUCACCAUCUACUGGGAACCGACGAGGUAGCAUAAAUGUUUCACCGUCUCCUCCUCGAAGUAUGGUAUCUAACAACAUGACAGUUCCAUCACCAUCAUCACCAUCUCCUGGGAACCGACGAGCUAGCAUAAAUGUUUCGCCACAAUUACCGUGUUUUCCAAACAGGCUUUCAUCUUGUAGUUUACAGAAUAUUUCUUCAAAAACAAACCAAGAUACAAUGCGCUCACCAAGACAAGUAUAUAGUUGCAUGAACAAAGUUCCAUCUUCUCCCAACAUGAAUUGUCAGUUUCCAAUGCAAUCAAGUCCAGAUUCUCAUCACAGAUCUUCGCAUUUGAACACGCAAGUUACCGAUUUUAUGCCGACAUCGAAUAAUCGCGAUCCACAACUUAAUACUUCAUUGCUAAACUCACUUAAUGAUAUUUCUCCAAAUCGUAUGUCCCCAAGUAUCCCUCUAGUUGGUUCACUAUCUAAUAUACAGAACAAUGGAUCAUCGCUCCCUAGCAAUCCUAUCACCAUUCCUUCUAUCAUGAAUUUACCCAAUAAUAUUUCAAAUAACAAGACGUUAAGCACUGUUGCGGAAUUUCCACCAGCUAUGAAGGCAUACGGUGGCAUUCAGCGACCUCAACUUCCUACACAACAAUCAAUGCUUCGAAACCAUACGUCAUCAGAUAACCACAAUCGACUCCCAAGUUAUUCUUCCUCAUAUCGUCCAUUUUCAUAAUGCUUUGUACGCCAUGUUUGCAUAGUCUUCAGCCGGCAAGGGACUUCUUGCAUGGUUCAAUUCAAUAUCAGAAAAUGGAACUGUACUUUGCAAUAAUCAUUUUCAUAUUUAUUAUGACAAAAUUAGUGCAACAGAUGUAUUCAAGACAACGCAAAUGAACAGAAAUUAAUAAUUCACAAAUUUUGCCAAUAAAUUUGAGGAUUUUUUGGAUUUA